CUUUCUCUCUCUCUCUCAUUUUGUUUUGCACUUCUUCUGCACUGGAGUCGGUACAGCGUUAUUCUACCCCACGUACCAUAGCUAGGAGAAUGGUGCACCCAGUAGCGGAGGCGAACGAGGAGAGUCCCUUUGGCUCGCUGACUCCGGACGAGUUCUACGCGCGCCAUUCCGUUACUCACGGCUCGGAGUACAUCACCAACGACAGGGGCCUCAGGCUCUUCACCCAGUGGUGGACCCCACUCCCUCCAACCGAGCUCGUUGGAACCCUAUCCGUCGUCCACGGCUUCACCGGUGAGUCCAGCUGGUUCCUCCAGCUCAGCGCCGUGUUCUUCGCCAAAGUCGGCUUCGCCGUCUGCGCCAUCGACCACCAGGGUCACGGAUUCUCCGACGGCCUCGUUCACCACAUCCCCGAUAUCAACCCCGUCGUCGAAGACUGUAUCUCCUUCUUCAACGCCUUCCGUGCUCGCCACGCGCUCUCCUUGCCCUCCUUCCUAUACGCGGAGUCCCUCGGUGGCGCGAUCGCCCUUCUCAUUACGCUUCACAAGGAGACCGUCUGGGACGGCCUUAUCCUCAACGGAGCGAUGUGCGGAAUCAGCGCCAAGUUCAAGCCGCCAUGGCCGUUAGAGUACUUCCUAUCCUUGGUCGCCAUUUUGAUUCCCACUUGGCGCGUGAUUCCCACUCGGGGUUCCCUGCCGGAGGUCUCGUUCAAGGAGGAGUGGAAGCGGAAGCUGGCGUUGGCGAGCCCAAAAAGGCUGGUGGCGAGGCCACGCGCGGGUACGGCCCGCGAGCUGGUGAGGGUAUGCGACGAGCUGCAGGGCAGGUUUGAGGAGGUGCGGGUGCCAUUACUGGUAGUUCACGGCACGAAAGACGUCGUGUGCGACCCGGCGUGCGCGGAAGAACUGUACAAACGCGCAUCGAGCAAGGAUAAGACUCUCAAGAUUUACCCCGAGAUGUGGCACCAGUUAAUUGGCGAACCGGAGGAGAACGUCGAGUUGGUAUACGGGGACAUGUUGCAAUGGCUUCUGAGCAGGGCGAAAGGCGCCUCUGAUGCACGCGCCGCCUGAGAUGGUAGGCGGGGCGGACCCGACAGAACGGUUGGCGAUAAGUUAAAAGCAUUUGAAAUUUGUAAAGGAAGGAAAAUAGUUUGGGAAUCGAGAACGAGAGAGAUGCCGUACGUGUGGCUAAAAAUUAGUUGUCAACUUAAAAUAAUAAUAAUAAGGGACUUUAAUAUCUUUUAAACCGGUUUGAAUUUCGAGUUAAUCUCAAUUUAUUUUA